AUGGAUAGCACACAUAAUCUUACGAACAAGGAGGUGAUAAAGACUGAGAAGAAAGCUGGAAUUCCACUAAGAAGAGUGAAGCAAGAGAAGGCCUUCGAGAUCCCACAACUAAAUGAUGAAUCCAUAUCGUCAAAAGAUUUGGAAAAUCAUCUACAGUGGGAGAAGAAUGUAAAAUGUAGGGCGGUGUUGGAAGCACUUGCUUCAAAUUUGAAGGAGCCUACACGCAUGCGCAAGCCUCAGUUGACAAAGACUCAAGUUUGGCCGUUUGUUGGAAAUUCAACAGUGAAGCGUAUUAUAACUGGUGAGAAAGUCUCGAAGGAACCUUAUGACCCAUUAGCUAAGGUGGAGGCAGAGAAACUGCAUAAAGUUUUGGACUUCAUCAAGUCUGAUUUGGAAGCAAAGGAGCCUGGUGUUGGAGAUGAAAGUGCUGGAUUUUUCUUGAAGUUAAUGAUACCUAGAGAUGAUUGGCCAACAAAAAACUAUGGCUGGUUGCAUGACUCCCAGCAAUGCUUAUGUUUCACAGACGGUCCAGGCAAGAACAGUCUCCGUAUUCCUCUUCUCGAAUUGCAUUUCUGUCUCACUGGGUUUGUGAACUCAUGGGUGAACGACUACAAGAACUGGGACCAGAACAUGACUGAGUUGUCAGAAAUGUACAUCAUGGCUUUAAAUGGAGAACACCUGGCUGAUUUUGUCACGGGUAAUAAGUGGAUUGCUGACGUCGACGAUCUUUUCCUCUGCCACCAUGUUAACAGAGAUCACUGGGUUGCUCUACGCAUCGAUCUGCAGAAGGCGAAAAUUCAUGUCUAUGAUAGUAUUUGCACACAUGUGAGUGAUAAGGAGAUGAAAGAGGUGUGUCGGCCUUUCUUGAGAAUGAUACCGGCAUUGCUUAACAAGAUGCUGCCUGCUAAAACGAGAACGAAAAGUGAAAAACAGUUCGUUUAG